UCCCCUUCAUUACCACCAAAUUUUCCGUGUAAUUUUCCGACUAUUAUUUUAAAAUUUUUAAUUCCAUAAUAUAUAUAUAUAUUUAUAUAUAUAUAGUUACAGUUCAAUGCAAUUUUAAUUCAAUCGAGUUGGAUCUCCGGUGAGUUGCAGAAACAUUUCAGUCUUUAAUUCCGAUUAAUAAUUAAUUUCUCCGGCGAUGAUUUCCGACGGAAACUCCGGCCGGACCAUGGCGGCGUUGGCCGUCGUCAUUUCGGAGCCGGCCGCCCUGUUCUCGCCGAAACCACAAAUCCCCCAUUUUCCGGUCGCCGGAAUGAAGCUGCUCCGGCGGCUGGAAAGACACGGCAAUAAAGCACGAAUCAAUCCCUUGCUUGACUCAAUGCGGUCCUCAUCGCCGUCGCGCCGCCCGCCGGACGCCGCCGCCGGCGAUCACACCUCGUGGAUGCUUAAUCAUCCGUCGGCGUUGAGCAUGUUUGGCGAGAUCGCUGCCGCGGCCGCCGGGAAGCAGAUGGUGGUCUUCCUCGACUAUGACGGCACUUUGUCGCCCAUCGUCAAGGACCCUGAUUGCGCAUUCAUGCCCGAUGAGACCAGAAAAGCUGUCCGAGAUGUUGCCAAGUAUUUCCCGACUGCCAUUGUCACCGGCCGAUGCCGAGCUAAGGUAUAUGAAUUUGUGAGGCUGCCCGAACUAUACUACGCGGGCAGCCACGGAAUGGACAUAAAGGGACCAUCAAAAGGCCACCAAAGAAAGGUCACUACUCACACUUCACACACACACCCACAUGUGUGUCUGUGUGUGUCUUUUUGGGCUCAAUUUCCUCACAUUUGUUGUUUGUUUAUAACUAUUCAGGCAAACCAAACUGUCCUCUGCCAGCCUGCCAAAGAAUUUCUCCCAAUAAUUGACGAGGUAUACAAAAUUCUGAUGGAGAAGAUGAAACGAAUACCAGGGGCUAAAGUUGAGAACAACAAAUUUUGCCUGUCCGUACACUACCGUUGCGUCGAGGAAAAGAGAUGGGGAGAAGUUGCGGAAGAAGUAAAAGAUGUGAUCAAAGAAUAUCAACGGCUGAGAUUAAAUCAGGGCAGGAAAGUGUUGGAGAUUCGUCCCACCAUUAAAUGGGACAAAGGAAAUGCAAUCGAGUUCUUGCUCCACUCAUUAGGUUACGCGAAUUCGAAAGAAGUGGUGCCGAUCUACGUCGGGGACGAUCGGACGGACGAGGAUGCAUUCAAAGUAUUAAAAGAAAGAGGACAAGGAUUGGGAAUACUUGUGUCCAAAUGUCCAAAAGAGACCAAUGCAUCCUACACUCUCAAGGACCCAUCUGAGGUUAUGCAAUUUCUGAAUCAUUUGGUGGAUUGGAAGAGAAGAAAGAAUUAAUUUAUGGUAAUUACUUGGGAUUAAGAGCUUAAUAAUUACGAUUAUAUAUAUUGAAUUAAUCGAAUAUAUAUAGUUAUAUGUGCGCAAAAAUAAAUUUAUUCGACGAAAUUUGUAAUUAAAUCCCCUAAAUGGGAAAGGGAUAAACAUUUUUUGAUGUAUUUAUUUACAAAUGAUCUUCGAAUGGAUUAAGCAAUAUUUGAGAUUAUUGAAAAAAAAAAUGAUGUAAUUGCUGAAAGAAUAU